AUGGCAUGGAAUAUUUCACGAUUGGAGAUCAAUAACAACAGGUUUUCGGAUAAAAUUUCACAGGGAGUGUCUUCCUCAAGGAAUUUGUUAGUUCUCAAGGCUAGUAAUAACCUCUUUAAUGGCAUGAUUCCUCGAAAUCUUUCUCAUUUGAAAACUUUUUUGCUUGAUCGAAACUGGCUUUUGGGCUCCCUUCCAUCAAAUACUUAUUCAUGGAAAUUGCUUACUACUCUAAACCUUAGUCGGAAUGCAAUCUCUAGACAUAUUCUAGAAGAACGUGGGUCUUUGCCAGGCCUUAAUGAAUUGGACUUGUCAGAAAACCAGUUGUUUGGUCUAAUUCCAUCAAAACUUGGCUUCCUGAAGCUCACUUCACUCAAUCUGUUUUCAAAUCUUUUGAUUGGAGGUAUCCCAAGUGAGUUUGAGAAUGAUGCAUAUGCCUACAUCUUAUUAAACAAUCUUGGUCUUUGUGCUAAUAGACCAUCUCGAUGCCUUAACCUCGAGAACUACAGUUCGUGCCACCAAAAGUUGAGCAAAACUUCUUACAAGUUAAUUGCUUGGAUCAUAGGUCUUGUGGUGGCAAUUCUUCUCGGUGAUACUGUUGCAGUGAAAAGGAUUUGGAAAAACAACAAGCUAGAAGAAAAGCUUGGAAAACAAUUUCUAGCAGAAGUCAAAACGCUUGGUUCAAUUCGACAUGCCAACAUAGUGAAGCUGCUCUGCUAUAUCUCUAGUGAUAAGUCAAAACUUCUUGUCUACGAGUAUUUGGAUAACUAUAGCCAGGAUUCUUGGUUGCAUAGGAACAAUAGAGCAACAACCUUUCCAAGUCUAGUUAGUCAUAUUGUCUUGGAUUGGCCCAAGAGGUUGCAUAUAGCAGUUGGGGUUGCCCAGAGGCUCUGCUAUAUGCACCAUGACUGCUCACUACCCAUUAUUCAUCGAGAUGUGAAGUCAAGCAACAUCCUUUUAGAUCUCGAUUUCAAUACACACAUAGCUGAUUUUGGUCUAGCACAGAUGUUGAUCAAGGAGGAAGAACUGGCUACAAUGUCAAUCAUGGCUAGCUCUUUUGGCUACAUAGCUCCAGGUUAUGCUCGCACGACAAGAAUCAAUGAGAAGAUCAAUGUUUACAGCUUCAAGGUUAUUCUUUUGGAAUUGGCAACCGGAAGGAAAGCCAAUGAUGAUGAUGAACACACAUCCCUAGUCGAAUGGGCAUCGCAACACAUUCAAGAUGGAAAACCUAUAGGAGAUGCCUUGGAUGAGGAGGUCAAGGAGCCUCGUCACUUGAAUGAAAUGUGUCAGGUUUUCAGACUUGGACUCUAUUGUACUGGCACACAGCCUUCUACUAGGCCAUCCAUGAAAGAGGUUCUAAAGGUUUUGCUCCAAUAUAGCUAG